UCGGCCACAGCGGAAAACGCUCGGGCCUCAAGCGGACGUCAUGCUGGCUCUGCUUCCCAUCCUGCGCUUGGCGGGUCUGGUGUGGACGGACGCGGUCCGGGCCUCCGAUCCCGACCUGCCCUUCGCGGACUACCUGGACGACGAGCGGCUGGUCCGCCUCGAGUGGGGAUUUGACGACGCGCCGGGCAACAUCACGUUCAGAUUCACGGUCAACGCCACCGGCUGGAUCGGCUUCGGCCUGAGCCCCCGCGGGGACAUGACGGGGGCCGACCUGGUCAUGGGGGGCGUCGGGCCGGACGGGACCGCCUACUUCAAAGAUUACUACUCGACAGAAAACUCCUUCCCGGCGGAGGACCGAGAGCAGAGCUACACGCUGCUGUCGCUCGCCGAGAGCCGAGGUCAAACGCUCGUGACCUUUUCCAGGCCCUUGCAGACGUGCGACGGGCAGGACCUCGCCAUCACCGCGGGACCCAUGCGCGUGAUAUACGCCUACGGAACGACGGACGAGAUCGGGUUCCAUGCAAAUCUCGUCGGUGCCAAAGACCUCAACCUGCUGAACUUUGUCCCCAGAAUCGCCGAAGCCAAUGGGAAGUAUAUCAGUGCCACGAUGGAAAAUGUGACCGUCCCCCCGAAGGGAACUUAUUACCACUGCAGGGUGAUGAGGUUUCCGACCUUGACCGCCAAGCAUCAUGUAGUUCAGAUCGUUCCGGAGAUCGAGCACGCCGACAUGGUGCACCACGUGCUGCUCUACAGCUGCCCGUCGCACGUGAGCACGGCCUACGACGGCGAGUGCUACCGGGGCCACCCGGGCGACGCCUGCUUCGGCAUCGUGGCCGCGUGGGCCGUCGGAGGCCAGAUCUUCGAGGUUCCGCCAAACACCGGGAUUCCCGUCGGAGGUGGCGUCGCUGCUGCGUUUUAUAGGCUGGAAAUCCACUACAGCAACCCAAACGGUGAAAUGGGCAGGACCGACAGUUCGGGUCUGAGGCUGCACUACACGCAUCAACUGCGCCCGCACGACGUGGGCAUCAUGUGCGCGGGCGUCUCGCCGUCUUUCCCCAUCGACUACGACAUCCCCCCUCGGGCGACGAAAUUUCGCACCUACGGCGUUUGUAACACCACUUUGUUUUCUCAGAUCGUCGACCCCGUGCCGGAUCUGCGAGUUUUUGCCGUGAUGUUGCACACUCACACGGCCGGGAGGGAGGUCCGAGUCCGACAUUUCAGAAAUGGAGAGCGGAUAGGUUUCCUCGGCGUGAAUGCCGACUACGACUUCAACCUGCAAGAGGUCACCAAACUGGGACGCGUCAAGACCAUCGAGCCGGGAGACGACAUUGUGGUGGAGUGCUCCUACAGCACUUCUGAUAGGACGGCGCCCACGCAGAUGGGAUUGGCCACCACCGACGAGAUGUGCCUGGCCUUCCUGUUCUUCUACCCCAAAAUCGAGGUCGUGACCUGCAUCAGCCAGCCCGACAUGACCAGCCUGAACCAGCGAUUCCCUCUGGGGGGCUCGCUUUCAAACCAAAAGGAAAUCGAGGAGUACGAGCGCGCGCUGAGGAACCUGCCGCAAAUUGAAAUUGCAUUCGCUAAUGAGACUCGGUUCCAGAUUUACCCUCACGGCCACGUCAGGGAUGCCACGGAAACGCCGCCGUUCCGCUGCAAUCAUACAACAAACGCGGCCGGCGAGCGCGCGUCCUGGAUUUGGAACCGGGCCUCGGUCCUGUUUCUGCUCGCCUGGACGGUUCUUUUCUGA